GUGGUAGGAAAAGCUGCCCGUCACUUUCGAGGCGGCCAGUUAUAAAAGUAGUUUGUGUGAGAAGAGGGGGAGUUGGCCUCUGGUGUGCGCAGAGAAAAUGGCAGACGACGAGAAUUUACCUGCGGGGUGGGAGAAGCGAAUGAGCCGCAGUUCAGGUCGGGUGUACUACUUCAAUCACAUCACCAACGCCAGCCAAUGGGAGAGGCCCACUGGGGCCGGGGAUGGCAAGGGGGAGCCCGAGAAGGUGCGCUGCUCCCACCUGCUGGUCAAGCACAACCAGUCCCGCCGGCCGUCGUCUUGGCGACAGGAGACCGUCACCCGGACGAAGGAGGAGGCCCUGGAACUCAUACACCAGUACAUCGAGAAGAUCAAGUCCGGGGAGGAGGAGUUUGAGAGCCUGGCGUCCCAGUUCAGCGACUGCAGCUCGGCGCGCAAUGGCGGAGACCUGGGCACGUUCGGCCGAGGCCAGAUGCAGAAGCCGUUUGAGGACGCCUCCUUCGCACUGAAAGUGGGCGACAUGAGCGGGCCGGUGUUCACGGACUCGGGGGUCCACAUCAUCCUGCGUACGGGAUGAGACCACUCCCCCACCCCUCUCCCCCCCACCAAAUAUAACAACCACAACCGACACCACCUCUCUCCCCCGUCUCCCCCUUCCCCUCCCCCUCCCACCUGACCUGGGUAAAAUAAGAAUGGAUAAAAAAAACCAACGAAGGAGCACACACUCCCUAUCCCUGAUUCCCUCCCCCCCCCCACACUCAAAGAAAAAAAAACCCUUCCCAUAUCUGCUGCUUCUGACAUCAUUUUCACACUGUUUGUUUACUGCUGAGCCGCUCAGCAUGGCCAACCCCUCCCCCCCCUUCCCUUCCCCGCAGUGUGUGGGCUCAAGAACCUGCAACCGGAUCAAACCCAGAGGAGUGUGGCAUUAUGGGAGCAUCCGCCCGCAGAUGAACAACGUGUGGGUCCUGGGGUGUCUCUUAAGGCACAGCUGUGUGGUGUCCGUGCCCUUAUGCGUCUCUGUCUAAGGAGCAACUUGUUCCGAGUGCCUGUGUUUAAGCACCUGUCAUGCUUCUUGACCAUUUGCGGCAGGGGUCUCCAGCCUGGGCCUUUGAGAGCCUGAAUCCAGUAAGCCUGAUGGGUUGUUCUGAAUUGCCUUUUCUGGGGGGGGUGGGGCCAUUAGAUCAGAGAACAUUUAAUGAUGGAAACUCUGGUCCUUGAAGGCUGACAAGUAUUAAGGUAUUCAGAUUAUUUUGGGAUUCCUUAAUCGAAGAGAAUAAUCUGGUUGCAAUCAAAUUGGUCCAAGUAUUUUGAAACUGAGGAUUGAAAAGGUUACCUAUAAUAUCCUAUGUCAUAGGUAAAUGGCUUCUGUAGAACAUGGGCUCUCCUGGACCAGAGCUGGAGACCCCUGACUCAUGGAUUUCUUUUCUUUUGUUUUAAAGCUUAGGUGCUACCACCAGUGAAGUGUUCCAGGUUUAUAACACAGAUCCUAGUUGUCAUCCAAUUAAAUCCUUGUUUAAACCUGGAAUUAGCAGUGCUGGGUACCAUUUAAUCCUGUUUAAAUAAUUCAUAUUUCUUCUAUACUUCUUUUAUAAAGUGCAUAGGAGAAAAAAAUAGAAAGGAUAGAAACUGAAAGAAAAAUUUAAGCUGGCUUCAUACAACAAGUGCUUGAAAAAUAUCAGACUACAACUGGAAGAUUCAGAAAAAAUGGCACUAGAUUUUAAGAAAUACUCAGUAGCUGUUGAUGGAACAAGGCUGCUUUCGUAAUACCUAAAGAUGUGUAACAGAGAGGAAAAGAUUUUUACAGAAAGGUUAUAUGCAGCUAUUUUUUGUGUUUAAGAGAAGGGGGGUUGUGUGUUACUGCAUUGUCAUUUUAAUGUCAGGGAUAAGAAAUUGUGUCUUAGGACUACAUUACCCAGCAUGCACGCAGCAGAUAGCAAAAUAUACUUCACGGUUGUUUGGCAUGACCAUUAAAAUGACUUUUAAUCACA